UAGCUGUGAGACACCCUCCUGUGGGUCUAGCAUAAACAUCCUCGCGUAGUAGUUCUUGCCCUGCUCCUCUAGAAUCAACACUUACACAGUCGACAGGAACAGUGUUGCUUAUUAACAGGGAACAGGAACUUUGGUUUGGACGAUUCCUUCGUCGGGUAGUAGCAAAGUCACUGAAGAAAGUCAGUUACAAAUCAAACAUACUGAUCAAUAUGGAAGGUCAGCGAACUCCCGAGAUUCUGGACUACCGGAAUGAGAAUGGUCAUGGAUGGUCCUUCUACAAAAAUGACGGCGUCCUCCGGAAGAUUGACACUACCCCUGAAGACGACAUGGAAAUGAUGCGAAAAGUUCAGAAAUUUGAAUUUAGGGACGAUGAUGUGGUGAUAGUGGCAUAUGCAAAAUGUGGUACUCACUGGUUGUGGGAAAUCGUCACCAUGCUCAGGGCAGGUCACUCUGAGUACAACAAAAAGACAAAGAGGGUGGCCAUGUUGGGGCCGGGGAAGUUGGAGGAGGUUGAUGAACUCCCCUCCCCGAGAGUUCUAAACUCACAUCUACAUUUCCGUCAUCUGCCAAAGAAGAUGGUGGAGAAGAGGAUAAAAACAAUCUUCAUCAUGCGAAAUCCCAAAGAUGUCGGCGUAUCUUAUUAUUUCAUGUUAAACGGAGUAAAGAACACCAAGUUUAGUUUUGACGGGACGUUUACAGAAUAUCUGGAUCUGUUCUUAGAAGGAAAAGUUCCCGGUGGAUCUUAUGCUGACUACGUGAAGGAUUGGCUGCAAGUGAAACAGGAUCACCCUGAUUUGCCUGUCUUGACAUUGUUUUAUGAAAACUUGAAAAGGGAUCCUGUCAAUAACAUCAAAACGGUUGCCGACUUCAUUGGAUUGUCUGUCAGUGAUGAACUAUGUCAGCAAAUAGCAGAAGCGUGCAGCUUUAAGAAGAUGAGACAGGCAGACGCAGAGCUGAAGGAGCAGGUAUUUAAUGUGUCCGACUUCUGGAAGAAAGGUCAACAAGUAGUCUUUAGGAAAGGUGAAAUUGGGGACUGGAAAAACUGGAUAACAGUCUCUGAAAACGAGAGAUUUGAUGAUGUCAUUGAGAGAGCAUUUGAAGGCACAGGAAUUGUUUUCAAGUAUGAUUAGACAACGGACUAUAGGGUUGUCUCCGUAAAUGGUGUCGUAGAAUAUAAACAUAAAAUAUCGUGAUUAUUAGAACAUAUAUCUGGCCAUUGAUCUGAGACAGAAUUUAUCCAGUGAAUUUGACACUGAAAUCGGAGUAAAGUCAAGGAUUGAACCAAUGUUAUUAGAAGAUGGACGUGGCUGAGUGAGCAUUUUCGCCAUCAUGAACAAUCUCUAAGUUGUGGCAUUGUAUAAAUACAUUCUCAAAGGUACUGGGCAAAUGUCUCCCAGGUCAUAUAGCCCGCCCCUUUUGCAUAAAUACUUACAUAUAUUUUCAAAUAAAUACACUAAAUAGCAAUGUUACAAAGAGAAAUAUGCUUACAUGUAGAUUUACAGUGUAUUUAGCACUGUUAGGAACGACAAUGCAUGUAUUCAGGAACUUUACUGACUUCAAGCGUGUCUUAUUUUUCCUCUGUUCAUCACAUGUGGAAUGAAACAUACAAAAUAAUUGGAUUAACACGUCUGUUAAUAUGGUUAGAAAAGAGGCAGUUAACUCGAACGUGUGGUCACACUCGCUGAUUUGGUUGACACAUGUCACCGUUUUCCAAUUCAUGCUGUUGAUCACUGUAUUGUCUGGCACAGAUUGGAUUAUUUACAGAUAGCUGGAAUAUUGCUGUGUUCGUCAACAAACAACAAACAAAUAAUAUGGUCAUUUCGCGACACCUCUUGACAGUAUUUCAGUUAGAUCCCUUAAUGGCCUACUCCCAUUUGUGAGACAGUGGAGUAGGUAACUACCACAGAAAACAGACCAUACUCCCCUAUAUGAUAGAAUGGGUUAACCCUAGCUAUGUAGGGAUUAGCUAUGUAACUGAAUCUGGUGCAGGUGAAAUUUUAAGAGAUAAAUUAAUCGC